AUGGUAUACCAACUCCACCCCCUCGAGAUUAAUCCUAAGACUGGGGAACCAUUCCUCCGGCUUGCAGCACCACACAAGAACAUCAUUCUCACCCCACCUCGACAGGGAGAUCAGUCUGUGCUCAUACAGCAUAUGAAUGAUCCCGCUAUUUAUGGAUGGAUGAAAAGACUCCCAACACCGUACCUACCAGAACACGCGGACUUUUGGAUCCAGUUUGUUAAAGAGGAAUCAGAUACUACUUUGGAAUAUCUACGAAAGAGCGCUGAGGAUUUCCCUAAUGGCCCGCUUCAAUUCGUCGGUGCAAGCCCUGUGCGGCAUCUCAGGGAAGUCAAAGAGGAUGGGACGGACGUUCUUAUAGGAGAUGUGAACUUCAGAAGAAGUCCAUUCGAGGAGGUAUUAGAUGAAGUAGAACGGAAGCGACUGCAGGAAGAUAAUGCAAAGAAGCAAGCGGGGGACCCGACGAUCCAGUAUGCUAUUGGAGACUGGCUUGCUGUGACCCACCACGGAAGGGGCAUCAUGACUGCAGCAGUCGGUCUCUUGAUGACCGCGUGGGGGAUCCCUAGAAUGGGAGUUCGCCAUGUCGUAGUGCACACUUUUGCUGGGAAUAUUGGUAGCAACCGAGUUUUUGAGAAGAACGGCUUCGUAAACAGAGGGCCGUCCAACAACGGGAUAAUAGUUAGAGGAGAGAAGAAAGUAUUGACCCUUCUUGACUGGAAAUACGACUUGGAUGAGAACGAGACGUGA